AGGCAGCCGGCGCGGGGGCGGAGCGCCUCGCGUCCCAGAAGAGCCAGACGAGCAUCCCACUCAGGUGAUGAGGAACCCUUCGCGCACCCAGCGCACAGCGCUGCUGCCGCUGGACGCCUCCAUUGUUUGACCACAACAAGGGCCGGAUUCUCACCCAGCAGGAUCCUAAGGCUUUUGUUGCCCUUCAGCCACUGUGGGCCCUGCCUCUGCCUCUUCUUCUGCAAUGUCUUGGGGGUUUUGGCUUCUGUCACUUGACCUGCAACUCCAAGAGACACAUCUGUCUGGAAGAUAAGAGCUCCUUCCUCAAGACCAGAAAAGGCGGCUGGAGUGAUACCUGUGUGGGGAGCCUUCACAAGGAAGGACUGGCGUACCUGGACCCGAGGAGCUGGCUUCCUGCGAGGGCUCCUGUCUGAUGCGCAGGAGGCAGAAUGUCACAGUGACUCUGCGAGGGGAGGCCCCAGGGGACCGAGAGCAGCACGCAGUGUCUCACCCUCUGCCACGAGGGGCGCUGUGCAGUCCUUUUCCUACAAGUGAGAAGUACCAGGCUGUUCUCCAAGAGGAAGAGUCCGGGGGCUUAGAAACGCAGAGGCUUGCACCUUGGGAGCCCCUUGGAAUGUUGACAACUCAGGAUCUAAAAGAAAGUGCUGUGUCAAUGAGUUACAGAGUUCAUGUGGACGUAAAUGUCACUUUAUAACCAAUAACAGUACUGAGUGAGGAACACUAUGCAGGAAGAAACCUUCCGUAGGAAGGCAGGCAGGGUGAAGCUGAGGCUGACCUUAAACCUACCGAGCAGAGCGAGCCUGGGAUAAGCGCCAACAUGGCCGAGUGAGAGACUCUGCACAGUAGCAGUCCUGUAGCUAGAGCAGUUGUAAGGAAGUUUUCCCCUCUAAAUCACGAUACCAAAUAGGAAAAAUGAUCUACAAGUGCCCCAUGUGUAGGGAAUUCUUCUCUGAGAGAGCAGAUCUUUUUAUGCAUCAGAAAGUCCACACUGCUGAGAAGCCCCACAAAUGCGACAAGUGUGAUAAGGGCUUCUUUCACAUAUCAGAGCUCCACAUUCACUGGAGGGACCACACAGGAGAGAAGGUCUAUAAGUGUGACGACUGCGGUAAGGAUUUUAGUACUACAACGAAACUUAACAGACAUAAGAAAAUCCACACGGUGGAGAAGCCCUAUAAAUGUUACGAGUGUGGCAAAGCCUUCAAUUGGAGCUCACAUCUUCAAAUUCACAUGAGAGUUCAUACAGGUGAGAAACCCUAUGUCUGUAGUGAGUGCGGAAGAGGCUUUAGCAAUAGUUCAAACCUUUGCAUGCAUCAGAGAGUCCACACCGGAGAGAAGCCCUUUAAAUGUGAAGAGUGUGGGAAGGCCUUCAGGCACACUUCCAGCCUCUGCAUGCAUCAAAGGGUGCACACAGGAGAGAAGCCCUACAAGUGUUACGAGUGUGGGAAGGCCUUCAGCCAGAGCUCGAGCCUCUGCAUCCACCAGAGGGUGCACACCGGCGAGAAGCCCUACAGGUGCUGUGGGUGUGGGAAGGCCUUCAGCCAGAGCUCCAGCCUCUGCAUCCACCAGAGGGUGCAUACCGGCGAGAAGCCUUUUAAAUGUGAUGAGUGUGGGAAGGCCUUCAGUCAGAGCACCAGCCUCUGCAUCCACCAGAGAGUGCACACAAAGGAGAGAAACCAUCUCAAAAUAUCAGUUAUAUAAAGUGUUUCGCUAAGAGUUAAAAAUCUUAAAACCCAUAAGUGCCACUAGGAAGGAAACCCUGUAAAUACCUACAUUGACCCAAGAAAUCUUUACAGCAAGCCCCAGCAGAACACUGUUUUCGAGGAGGCAUGUGUGAGCUUGAUUUUGGGGAUUCAGGCCAAGUGUGUUCCGCAGCUUGACUUUGAAGCUGGGGUCCCUCCGAGCACCUGCCCAGGACAGGCUGUGAGGCCCCAGGUGUGGACGUGCGUUUCCUGGGGUUCUGGCACGAUGCUCCAGUAGCUGAAAUACUACCCGGGAACCUGUGAUCACUGCCCAGCCUCCUGGGUCACCUACGCUUUCCCUAACAGUUGCCCCAGGUACACCCCCCACCCCCGUUUCGGGAGCUCAAGACCUUCCUUCUCUUGCCUCGAGCAUACUGGUGAACGCGUUUGGGAACGGCCAGCUCCCACUGAGUAGUGUCCUGGUAUUUCUGAGGUUAACACUUGAUCCAGCCUCUACAUGUCUGUCCAUAUAUCCCAUUAUUUCUGAACUCACAUUACCUGUGUGUUCUCAAAACACCCAUAGAUACCCACCCCUUCCUAGAUGGCAUUAAAUUCCAUUUUAGAUUUCAGGCGACUCAUAAUUUCCAUUCACUUUGCCUGUCAGAGAAAUUGGCAGACAUACAUGCCCUUGAACCUUCCUUGAACUCUUUUCUUAAUUUUGUGAAUUCUGCUAAUCACUGUGUCUCUGUUUAGUCAGACUUAAUUUUCUAGUGGCUACAUCACAUAUUUUUAACUUGAAUUUUUUUUUUUUUUUUUUUUUGGAAAUAGCUGAAUGUAAAUAGGGAGGAAGAAGCAAGCAAAGUUAGAACUUUUCUCCAUCCAGAAUCGCCCUCCUGGGCUCCUCUGGCGACGCGCGGGGCUCCUCCCCAGCUCGGGGAGGCCGUGGGAGGCAGGAGGCGUCGCUAACUAGUCUCUGUUUCUGUAAUUUUGGGCGAUGAGGUGUCGGAGUCCUCGACACCCCUUCACUGAGGAGGGUGUACCAGUUCCCGUUCAGGCGUGAGUGUUUCUGUUAGUCUCUCCUUUUCUUCAUCCAUUCAACACGUAGUGACGGAACGCCGCCUGCGUGCCGGGCGCUGCGCUGGGUGCUGGGAGCAGCGCGGAGGAAGACAGACAAGGGCCCUCCUCUCGUGGAGCUGCUUCUGCUGGAGGAGACGGAUGAUGAGCGAACAAUAACGUAGUCUGAGAUAGUGAUUAAGUGCUAUGAGGAACAUAAACUAGGGUGACGACUUAGCGCGGUGGGGGGUGGGGGCGGGGGGCGUUAGUAGCGGUCCGGGAGGCCUUCCGGGGGCGGCGGGCGCGGGCGCUGCGGGGCCGGGCGGGGGCGGCCCUGCCCGCGGGCGCGGAGCGGGAGUUCCGGCGGCCAGCCGAGCGUAGUGAGCAGUGGGGAGGGGGCGAGGUACUGAGCGGCUCAGUAUCCUGACAUUUUUAGGCCUUUUUUUUUCCGGCUAGAUUGAUGUUAAAAGCUCAUGUGGAGGAACUCAAGGAAUGUUUAGAAGACCAAAAGUCCCCAAUGACAAGAACAAAAAGCAACUAAUUUUUAACUUUGUUUCUCUUCUCAUUCCUGUUUUCAUUGAUUUCCCACAUGUAGUCCUUCUGCUCAGGAAGUCUUUGGGGAAAAUUAAGGCUCUUUGAGGCUCUAAAGUGGGUGAUCACGUUAGCAGUGUCUGUCCACUGUCUGAGAGGUUGGAAAAUGAACUACCCAAAAUAGUCAUCGAAGUACUAAAACGAAGUGUGAUUUUUCUCUUCAUAUUUGAAUUGAUUUUUUCUGUUGGACUGGAAGGGGUUUUUCUAUAACUAAAACCUCAACGCAUAAAGGGGGUUAAAAGGAGCACGUAACUUAGUGGGUGAGCCGCGAACUAGAGAUGGGGUCUGGGGGUGCGUUUGUUACUGUCUGAGGUUUAACCCAGACGUCUCAGCACACCUUUGGGGAGUCACUGCUCAUGCGGCUCCUCCUUUUUGCAAAGAGAGGGCUGGCUUAGUUAUUGGAUAAAGCCCCUUCCAGGCCUGAAUCCUCGACUAUGAUGUACUGUGGUGUCUUAACACUCUUUCAUGUCACAGCAGCGUGGAGCUUUAGAGAAAAGCCUAGACUUUUAGUUGAUAGAGAGCCAGCUGAAAUAUCACUGAUAGACUUUUAGUUUUAGGAAAAGUUGGUUUGAUUUCUAGCUUUGUUACUAUUAGGUAUGUGAGCUUGGGCAAAUCGCUUGAUCUCUGAGUCUAGUUUUCUCACGUACACAAUGAGGACAUUAGGCUAAAUGAUUUCCGAGUUUCCAGCUAGUCCUAGAGUUCUAUAUUUCUACAUAGUUGAAUUAUUUUAUCAUGCUGUUGCUGGGGAAUAUGACUAACACUUUUGAAGCUACUAAUUUUAUGUCGAGCUUUAAAGUCCAUAAUUGUUAUCUUCAGAAAAUAUUAUUUGACCUACAGUAUGUCCAAAUCAAUUUAAUAAAAUCACUUUAUAACAGGGUUCUGUGCUUGACAUACA